AUGUCCCCUAUCAAUACUGCUAACCACUAUAUCCUCAAUAACCCUUCGAAAAUAACCAACGUCUACGAUGCAUUGGCCGAAAACUCUGCGGAAUCUCCGAUCACCACCAGCUAUCCGAUGGCAGCAACACCCGAGGGCGAACCAACGUUCAUAUUGAAGAAGCUUUUCGGAAGUAAACAUCAGCUAUCGUCGGGAGAAAUCGUCGCCUUGACGGUGUUCAACGUUAUUUUCUUUGCGUUUUGCUUUGGGUUGUUGUUGUACCUUGAGCGUAGAAGAUACCACCAGCAAUUGACGAGUAAGCAAAGGGUAUUGGACGAUCUCAAACCAAAGAUUCUACAUUUCUUGGAUAUUGUCGCGACCAACAUGACCGAGGACGAGAAGAUUACCUUGGUGAUCAAUAUCAUGUCGAAUGAAUUGAUGAAGUACAAAUGGAGUUUGAAUGAUCGGUUCGAUUACAGUAAUUUCGAUGGUGAUUCGAUAGACAUUGAUCAGUUGAUUCAACGGUAUCAUUCAAGAAAGAUGAUGCAAUAA